CAGGGGUGGAGGAGGGGGAGGAGGGGGCCGAGGAGUUCAAUCCGGUCCACUGUGCAGAGUGCAACACAGAAAUUGCCGUCUAUGACAAUGACGAAGUCUUCCACUUUUACAAUGUACUGCCCAGUGCAGCAUCCUAAAUCUGUGUGCGUGCAUAGAUUUCAUGUUGUGUAUUUCGUGACGUUACAUUGCGUAACGAUUGAUCACGUGACAUAUGCAUGCUAAUAAGUUUGAAUGUGUGUGUCUGAUGAAGUGCAAGUGAAUUUGUUGAGCUCUCUUGGCUUGUAUUAGGGGACGUACUGAACAAUUUGGCUGAGCAGGCGUUGUUUGGCUCGAGUUUACCCCCCGGAUUUUACAAAGAAGCACCGUUUUUUCAACGCAAGCAGUUCGUAUUCGCUGGCCGAUUUAGUCUACGUAGCACAGUCGAUGUACAUCUACGAGACGUAACAUUUGUAAGAGAAAGGCUCACGGAGAUAAUAUUAUUGGCAAGAAAACGACGGUCGAGGCUGGGACACCUGUCGCGGUAGUGUUGACAACAGGAAGUUGGUUCGUGAGAGAGAGAGAGAGAGACUGAGACGCAAGGAGCUAUACACAGAGAAGAGAGGGAGCCAUGACCACGAGCAAGGACAAGAUCCAGCAGUUCAUGGAGUCCCCGCUGGUGUCGUGGGUGAAGACAUUUGACGACACAGACACAGUGGACACAGUGGAAGACCUGGCAGACGGCCUACUUCUCAACAAAGUCAUGAACACUGUUAACGCCUCCAAUUACAACAUGUCCAAGGUGAACCGCUCCGUGUCCAGCGACCCGGCAGCCCGCACACAGAACCUUCAGCUACUGGUGAACAGAAUCAAGCAUUUCUACCUCACAGACCUCCAGCAGCUCAUCAUAACUCCCCUGCCCAAGAUUGGAGACAUCUCUGCCAACCCUCAUCUCGAUUCCAGUCUGGAUGAGCUGGAGAAGCUCCUGGUCCUACUGCUGGGCUGUGUGGUCCAAUGUGAGGGGAGGGGCCCCCUCAUUGAGAGGAUGACGACCAUGGGCAUCAUGCAGCAACAGGCCCUCGUGGUCUACAUCAAGGAGAUGACCGACACCACCAACUACGUGUGCUCCAUUGACUGGAACGACCUCGGAGAAAUCUCUAGAAAUAACCUAGAGGGACUGUGUAGGACAGCCUACCUCCAUCUGCAGAGAGUGGCCAAAGAGAGAGACGGACAUUUUGAGGUUCUCCUGGACACAAUGGUGGAGAGAGACUACUACAAACAGGUGUUUGAGUCGACUGACGGAGGAAAUGAGUCCCUGCCCAGGGAAAAUGGCCUGGCUCUCCCGUCCACCCCCGUCAGGUCUCCCUCCGUCAAUACCGAACUACUCGACCUCAAGAAGAAGAGCAGACUGACUCAGGAACAGCUGGACCACAAGUCUCUCCAGCUAAGUGAGACUAGGGAGGAAUUGGAGAGAGCACUGGCUGCGGUACAGAAACUCCAACAGGAGAGACAGGAGAUGGCCGCGGAGGCCAAGGCUGCCAGGAUGUACAGAGAUGAGAUUGAGACACUCAAAGUCCAGAGUGCCAAAGUGGAGAAGCUAGAAGCCGACGUGAAGAAAUACAGGCAGAAGGCAGAGGACACAGAGUACCUCCGAAAGAGAAUAGCUGACCUGAAGCAGCAGAACGAGUUGAUGCUGGAGACCAAGUCCCUCCUGGAGCAGAAGGCAGCGUCACUCACGGCGAGGGCAGACAUGGUGGACGACCUGCAGACGGAGCUGGCCUCGCUCCGGGCCCAGACGGAGUCCCUGGCCCAGGAGAAGGAGAUGAGCGGGGAGAAGGAGGAGGAGCUGAUGGCCAGAGUCACUCAUCUAGAGCUGGACAACAAACACUGUCAAGAGCAGAUAGAGGAGCUGACCACAAUGCUGGAGGCCGAGAGAGAGAAAUCAGAUGUAGGGAGCACUGGAGAUGCCAGCAACCUUAGCUUUGAGAUGACCGAGGCUGACCUAGCCUCCAAGGCAAAAGUCCUGAGAUUGGAGAAGGAGGCCAGGGAACUGGAGAAGACGGCCGAAGCUCUGAGACAGAGUCAGGCCAAGUCGGCCGAGCUGGAGAAAACCAACAAGAAGCUCUACUCCCAGACUCACACUGACAGGAAAGAAAUCAUCAAACUCCGAGAGGAGGUGGAGGUGCUGAGAGUGAAGGCCAGUCGGGUGGACAAGCUGCAGGUGGAGCUCAACUGUCUGAGAGAGAGACUGGAAGACUCCUCCAGACACCAGACCAAACUCAAGGAGUUCAAGACGAGGAGCGAGGCAGCUCUCCAGGCCAAGGCCAGACUGGAAGAUGAAGUGGAAAGUCUCAUGACCAAACUCCAGCAAUUCGAUGAUAUCAGGGACGAGAGCGCUUCUCUGAAAGCCCAAAUCGAAUCCUUCACAUCAAAACACAGUGACGAUGAGAAGAGAAUUCAGGAGCUACUGGAGCAGAAUGCACAGCUAGUCCUCGAGAAAGAGAGAAGUGGAGAGGAGCUGGCGGUGUUACAAGGUCAACUGGAGGCAGAGAGAUCCCGGAGCAGCUCCGGUUCUCAGACCACUGUCACCGUCGUCAGUCCACCGCGACUCUCCGAGGCAGAGAUGGCCUCCAAAGCCAAGGUCCAGAGACUGGAGAAGGAGAGGAGAGAGAUGGAGAAGACCAUUGAGGGAUUCCGCAAGUCUCAGGCCAAGCUGGCUGAGCUGGAGAAGACUAACAAGAAACUACAGGAGCAGACGCAUGCAGACAGGAGAGAGGUGAUACGACUGAAGGAAGAGCUGCUUGUGUACAAGACAAAGGCGGAGAGACUCAGCAGUCUCCAGUCGGCCAUGAGGACUCAGGAACACAAGUUGGAGGACAUUGACGCCGCCAUGAAGAAAAUAACAGAGCUGAAGCAGCAGAAUGCUCUGUUGUCGGAGACGAAAGUCUUGCUUCAAGACGAGGUGUCUGAGCUGCACUCAAGACUAGAGAGACUCAACGACGUGCAGGCGGAGAACUCUGCUCUGAAGGUGAGGGUUGAGAGCCAGGAGACGGAGCUGAAGGAAGAGGGGCAGAGGAUGCAGACGCUCCUCCAGCAGAACGUUCAACUGGAGCUCGACAGAGACAGGAGGGUGACAGAGCUGGACUCGAUGCAGGCCGAGGUGGAGAGACUGAAGAGAAACCAACCACUGGAUGAGGUUCCUUUCUCCCCGGCCGGCCGCCUCUUCUCAGAACAAGACAUAGCCCUACAGACAAAGGUGCUCCACUUGGAGAAGGACAAGAGAGAUCUGGAGCAGGGUCUCCAGCUGCUGCGGCGAAGUGGGGAGAGAGUGGAGGCCGAGAGCACGUCGUCCAAACAGAAACUGACCGAACAGCUGCACAACUACCGCAAGGAUGUCGCCAAACUCAAGGAGGAGCUACAGAGAGAGAGGGCACAGAUGGAGCUACUGCAGUUGUCCAGGACCAAGACUAGCGACACCACCCAACAGGACCAGAGACAAGCCAAGCAGAUGCAGGAGCUGGAGGGCAGAUUCAACGAGGCUUACUCCCAGAGCCUCAGCAUGAAGGACGAGAGGAUCCAGGUCCUGGAGAGACGGAUCGACGACCUCGUGAGCGACAACGAACAGCUCAAGGACGAGGCCUCGCUGCUCAAGAGACAGAACGAGAGGAUACAGAGAAAGAACUCCGCCUCCAACAGCCCCAGCACCUCUUUCAGUCGUAGCUACUCUCCACGUGAGCUCCACAGACUCAGAGAAGAGGCAGCCAAGUCCAGGGAACUGGGUCAGGCCGUGGGACUCCUCCAACAGGAGAACCAUGGUUUGAAGGCAGACAUGGAGGAUGCCCGCGUGUACAUUGAGAGAUCAGAAGCGCCAACCAGAGAAUGCAGAGCAGAGUUCAGAUGUUGGAGCAGCUCAACAAUACUCUGGAGGAGGAGAAGAGGAUAAUGAGAGACCAGCUGGACCGAGUCAUGGCCCAGAACCAGGAGCUACUCAUGAAGACACUGGACAGCAAAGACCAGGUCAUCUUGGAAGAGAGGAUCUUCAAUGACAGACUGGGCGAGCUGGAGAGGGACAAGGCCAGACUCUCGGAGCAGCUGAUAGCCCAGCAGAGAGAGCACCUGGUGAGGGAGAUGGACAUCCUCAAGAGGAGCAAAGGGCAAAAACCUCCUCAAGAAGGGCUUCAAGAAACUCAAGGGAAAGAUCCAGGUGCAUAGGACAGCGGGUCGCAGUCAUACAUUUGAGCACGGAGACCUGGAUGGGACGCAGUCACCGUCACACGUGGCCAUGGGCCUUCCUCCCUACGCCAUCCAUGACGGUUCCAUGUCCAGUAGUCAGAGUAUCUCCUCCUCCAACAGUGGUAGGGACGUCGCAGAGCCUCAGGAGGAGGGGGAAACCCCUCACGAUGGAGCCAUCGCUGCAGCCGGCCAAUCGGGACUAAUUCCCCGGGGGCCCACCUCCAUGGAAACUCCUCCCUACAUGACGCAAGAAGCGGUCCAACACGAUGCCGAGCAACGUGAAACUGCGUCACCCACCAGCCAGCUCACCACAGAUCAUGCCCGACAUCAACGAGCACCUCAUGUCACUGGAGGAUUUCCUGGCAGAGAGCGACCGGACUCCCAACAGACGGAGAGUGAUGGAGCUAAAGAGAGCGUCUCUCAUCAUCAACUCGCCUCCCAUGACUCCUCGCAACAGUCUCCUCCUCAGUGCCCCUCACUCUGCCAGCCACACCUCCGGCGGUGGGGGUGGCGGGGAGAGAAUGUUUGAUCUCAUGGAGUUCCUCGGAACCGCGACACACGUCCGCCAGUCCAUCACAGAGGUGGACGAGGGUCGCGACCUCCAGCAUCAGCUGGCAGCCGAGUUCCAGAGCCAAUGCUCCGGGCUCAGCAGCCAAGGGUUGAGUCAGGGGCUAAGUCAAGGGCUAAGUCAGCUGAGCCAACACUCGGAUGGCGGGAAAUCGUCCGUCGCGGAGCUCAACAUGAGCUUAAACUCAAACAACAACAACAACAAUGGUGUUUUUGUGUUAGAUAGUUCGGGAGGGGGGUUGGCAGUCGGUGAAGGAAGGAAGGUUCGCAGCGAGAGCCUCAUGAGCAUGGACGAGGUCCUUGGGGAAUUUGAUAUCAGUCUGGCCACUGCUUUCUCGCAGUCGGGCACCUGGGGUGGCGAGGAAAGGCCCCAGCCUGCUGCCCCCGCCGAUUCAACCACACACACUGCCACAUACUCCACAGCAAUGUCCUUGUCUUCGUCUUCACUGUCUCAACCUCCACCACCUCACCCCCUCCCCACCAUCACCACUCACCACUCCUCCACUCGCCACCUUGCCGUGUCCCCCGAGGCUGAGGUCUCGACCAGAAACCUCUCCAUACAGCACCAGAGACAGCACUCGCGGAGUUUCAACAGCGGACUCAAUCAGUUUCUCGUCCCCACAGAACCCCGUCUCAGAUCUCAGACUCUCUCCCUGGCCAAGAGCGUCAGUUCAAGCACGCUUAGUAGCCGGAGGACAACAGCAACUGCAGGGACUGGAGCCAAGAAGAAGGGAAAAGGAAAGGAUAAGACUGGCAAGGCGGGCUCUAAAAAGAAGCAUCAGCACACAGGUUCAAUGGAGGCUCUGUCGGGAAAACCUCCUCUGGGGAGACCGAGGAAAAACAAACUAGUGUUGGAACCUCGGGGCCCACUGUACGGGACGGACGGAGGUGGCACAGAUCUACGUCUGCACUCUGCUCUAAUGGUGGAGUCUAACUCUUCCCAUCUCUCUCAACUGACUCAUAUCGACCGCCAGCACGAUGAUGCGGCAGAGCUCCCUGCAGCUGUACCAUCAGUCAGAGUGGGAGCAGAAGAGGAGGAGGAGGGAGAGAGGAGAUUGCUCGAUUUACAGGUUGCCACAGACGGAGAGAACAGAGAAAGUCUCUCACUGACUGAUUUUCUUCGUCGCCCGCUCUCGCCGUCGAGUGGGGAGGGCGAGGAUGCACUGGUGCAAGAAUACGGACAAAUUUGACUUUUUCCCAUUGUGUAUAUAUGAAUAGCCACUAUUUUUGUUACGCGUCCUACAGCAACACGUUCCAUCACCGUUUCAUUGUAUUGUAUGCAUUGUAGCACUUUUUCUCUGCUGACUUCAUAAUUAUUCAUUGUGGUCGAAAUGUUACUUCAGUGGUAGCAUGGGUAUGUGUGUGUGUGUGUGUGUAUUUUUGUAUGUGUCAUCUGUUACAGAGUGUUUUUUAUCCUAUAGUAUUCCUGUCUUUCAACUCUUUAACAUCAAACUGAGAGAGCUCGUUGGA